AUGAUAUCUGUUGCUCUGUUGAAGACUUGUUUGUCCUCGAUCUCUCCAACGAUGAUGUUACUUAAAGGUCGUCCCACAAUUUUGCUCAAUUUGGUACCCACUACGGUUUCCCAUAUUUUGCUCAAAAACUUGACAUUACAGUCCAUAUCCAGCUCCAUCAGAGCAACUGGGUUCUGUGCGGUGAUUUCCGAAAGGUCGCCCAACGUAUUGUGGGUAUGGAUUUCAUGGUCUAUCGAAGGCGUAUCGACUUCGAGCGGUGAAACUGACCUCGAUGGCACAUGCGCUCUGGUGCCUGUUCCAACUCUCCAUCUUAGAAACGCAUUGGGAUCGCCAAAUAUCUUCUUUGGAUCCGUCACUUUACCAUACAGAUUCCAAGUGGUGAUUUUCUCCAGAGGUUUAGCCUCAGAAUUCACGGUGAUGAACCCAAUAUCGUCAAAUUUGGAGUCGUGGUUUUCGAGAAACGCAGCACUAAUAGGAUUGAAUUCCUUGCGCCAUUCCAAUAUCUUCUCCAAGUUGUCAACACUGGUCUUACCGUACACAGGUCUGAUCCCGCGAUGGCUCGAGUACUCGCUUGUCCAAAUCUACGGCCCCGAGAUCUACGAUGCACUAAUCUACCAACUGCGACCAUUUGCACCUGAAAAUCAGGUGUAUCUGUACAUGUUCCUCAAGAAAACGUCAGAACUGGUCCUCAGAUCUGGAAUUCUUCUACCCCAGCUGAUCAACCUGUUCCACCACAGAACUUCUUCCGGUUUAUCGCCAAUCUUUGGCUACACAAUCACUCUAAUCAUCAACAUAAUACAGUUCUUCAUUGGCAUUCGCGAGCAAAACGUACUCAAAUACACGGAAUACGCCAUCCAGGCUUUACAAACGCUUCUCGUGGUGGCCAUAAUGCUCACCUUCUCCAGAUAUAGGCGGUGGACGCCGCUCGUUGCUGCGCUCGUGCAAUACCUGCUCUACUGGUGCAAGGAUGCUCCUAUUUUUUACCUGCAGAAACUAGUGAGCGUGUUUAGUGCGGCUGGAGUAGUUAAUUUACUGGUUCUGUUGACAGGUAAGCGGAAAGAGUCUGUUUCGAGCGUUGGUGGGCUAUUUGGAAGUCUUCUACAAAACGUGACACCAAACUGGUACUUCUUUGUGGGAUUCGCGUUUAUUGUUAUUGGGCUUGUGAAAACUGCAACCACAAAAGUGCAACGUGGACCAAGGUGA